AGGAGGAGGUGUAGUGGGAGAGGAGGAGGCGGUGAUGUGUCGCAGCUGCCUCCCUGCUGGGGGGAGCGGCUGUAGAUCUCGUCACCUCGGCCAGGGAUCUGUACACCGGAGGAGGGAAGAGGGGGUUUCUCCUCCCCGGGCAGGGUCCAAGGGCUUCUGCGAUGUCUGAGGCUGCAUCGGGCGGAGGGACCAUGGUGUGUGUAGCCGGUUCUGGCAGUAGCGCACUACCUCAGGGAUCCCCGGCCAUAGUGGCUUCAGCUGCCUCAGGAGCAGCCCGCGGUGCCGAGAGCCCAUCAGCUGCCGGGGGAGGAGGUGUUGGAUCUGCGCCGCUCAGGAUCGCUGCCAAGAAGGGACAGUUGCGCUCGGCUCCCCGGGCCAAGAAACUGGAGAAACUCGGAGUGUACUCUGCCUGCAAGGCAGAUGAAACAUGUAAGUGCAAUGGCUGGAAAAACCCUAACCCUCCUCCAACACCCCCUAAGAUGGAUCUCCAGCAGACAGUUGUCAGCCUCGCUGAGCCAUGUCGAAGCUGCGGCCAUACCCUUGCUGCGCAUGUAUCUCAUUUGGAGAAUGUGUCGGAAGAAGAAAUGAACCGUCUCCUGGGGAUUGUAUUGGACAUUGAAUAUUUAUUCACAUGUGUGCACAAAGAGGAAGAUGCUGAUACCAAACAAGUUUAUUUCUGCUUAUUUAAGCUUUUGAGGAAGUGUAUCCUGCAAAUGGUGAAACCUGCAGUGGAAGGAUCAUUGGGUUCCCCUCCAUUUGAGAAGCCUAGUAUUGAGCAGGGUGUAAAUAAUUUUGUACAGUACAAGUUCAGCCAUUUGCCUUCCAAAGAAAGACAGACUAUCAUAGAGCUGGCUAAAAUGUUCCUGAAUCGCAUCAACUACUGGCAUUUGGAAACUCCCUCCCAGCGAAGACUAAGGUCACCAAAUGAUGAUAUUGCUGGAUAUAAGGAGAACUAUACAAGGUGGCUGUGUUAUUGUAAUGUCCCGCAGUUCUGUGACAGUUUGAAUCGAUAUGAAACAACACAGGUAUUUGGGAGAACCCUCCUCCGCUCUGUCUUCACUGUGAUGCGGCGACAGUUACUGGAACAGGCCCGGCAGGAGAAGGAUAAACUUCCACAGGAGAAGCGAACAUUAAUCCUGACCCAUUUCCCUAAGUUCUUAUCUAUGUUGGAGGAAGAGGUUUAUAGUUCCAAUUCUCCAAUAUGGGAUGAAGAUUUUAUGUCGGCAUCAUCUCAGACUAAUUUAGAUCUUGGAAUCCAAGCAGUUAUCAGCGCGCCUCCUGUCACUAUGUCUGUUGCAUAUGCUGCAAGCCCUUCAUCCUUGGAACAGUCCAGCAGCGGGAGCCUGAGUCCAUCUGGAAAACCAGCUUGUGCCCUUGAAACAAACUUAGGUAUUAAAAGAAAAAGCAGUGAGCCAUUUGCUGCAGAAGAUGCCAAAAAGCCCAGAGUUGUAGGAGACAUCCCCAUUGAGCUAAUCCAUGAAGUCAUGUCUACAAUAACAGAUCCUACUGCCAUGCUUGGACCAGAAACAAGCUUCUUGUCGGCAAUUUCUGCAAGAGAUGAAGCAGCCAGACUGGAGGAACGCAGGGGUGUAAUUGAGUUCCAUGUGGUUGGGAAUUCUUUAAAUCAGAAGCCGAACAAAAAGAUCAUGAUUUGGCUUGUUGGGUUACAAAAUGUUUUCUCUCAUCAGCUACCUAGGAUGCCCAAGGAAUAUAUCACACGGCUGGUCUUUGAUCCAAAACACAAAACCCUUGCUCUCAUCAAAGACGGGCGUGUAAUUGGUGGGAUUUGUUUCCGAAUGUUUCCAACCCAGGGCUUUACUGAAAUUGUCUUCUGUGCUGUAACGUCAAAUGAACAAGUGAAGGGCUAUGGAACCCAUUUAAUGAAUCAUCUCAAGGAGUACCACAUUAAGCAUAAUGUUCUGAAUUUCCUUACUUAUGCAGAUGAGUAUGCUAUCGGCUACUUCAAAAAACAGGGUUUUUCUAAAGAUAUUAAAGUGCCUAAAGCCAGGUAUGUUGGAUACAUUAAGGACUAUGAAGGAGCUACCUUAAUGGGGUGUGAAUUGAAUCCCAAAAUUCCAUAUACUGAAUUCUCUGUCAUUAUAAAGAAACAGAAAGAGAUUAUCAAAAAGAUUAUUGAGCGGAAGCAAGCACAAAUACGAAAAGUAUACCCUGGACUAUCCUGCUUUAAGGAAGGAGUACGGCAGAUUCCCAUUGAAAGCAUUCCUGGGAUUAGAGAGACUGGUUGGAAGCCCAGCAUAAAGGAAAGAAGUAAAGAGCCCAAAGAUCCAGAUCAACUAUACAACAUAUUAAAAACUAUCCUUCAGCAGGUAAAGAGUCAUCAAAGUGCCUGGCCUUUCAUGGAACCUGUAAAGAGAACAGAAGCUCCUGGAUAUUAUGAAGUUAUACGAUUUCCAAUGGAUCUCAAAACCAUGAGUGAAAGAGUGAAGAACAAGUAUUAUGUGACAAAGAAACUGUUCAUGGCAGAUUUGCAGCGCAUCUUCACAAACUGCAGAGAGUACAAUCCACCCGAAAGCGAAUAUUUCAAAUGUGCAAAUAUUCUGGAGAAAUUCUUCUAUUCUAAAAUUAAGGAAGCCGGGCUAAUAGACAAAUAAGAAGCAACUCUAUUAGCCAUUGUGCCUCUUAAUAUACUGGCUGGCCUACUGUUUAGUGCACUUGAUUUAUACAUUUGCACUCCUUUCAAAACCUACUAAUCCUCAUAAUCAUAUUUUCUUUGACAGUGCAGAACAUACUGUUUCUUGCCUAAAGAAAACAAAUAGCAGUGUUUUAUUUUUUUUUUCAUUGUCUGUACUGGAGAUGGACAUUUUUUUUUAAAAGUUUAUUUUCUAUAGAAAAAAGGUGCUUGAAAUUCUAAGGACUUGCAUGUGUGUGUGUAUAUGUAUGUGUCUAUGUAUAUACAAAAUAUAAAGACACAAUAUUAUGUACAUGCAAACAUACAACAUCCCUAUGCGCUGUUUUGUAUAUUUAGAGGUGUUUUGUAUUAUAAUGUAUAGUUACAUUUGCAUUUAUUGUAAACCACUGAGCUUACACCAUUGUUUUUGAGAGGACAUAUAAGUGAUUAUAUCUGCUUAUGCCGGACAUAAGUUGAAAUCAUAAUCCAUGUACACAAAGACACUAAUGCUUGGCUUGCAGAGGUUUCAGUUUUACUAAUACUUCAGUUAUUUUAUACAUGACUAUUUUAAGAAUGACAUUUCGGUAGUAUUAAUGUUAUUGUCGUACCUGUAACACAUUCCCCUUAUCUUUGUUACAUAGUCUAGGGUAAGUAUAUUUCUACCGAAGCACGAAUUUAGUUGGGAGGGGGUUAACGUAUUUAUCCUGGUCUAUAAAUAGGUUUUAUGUCUUCAGUUUUAAACCAGCAGUUUGGGUAAAGAUACUUCACAUUUUAAAGCCUCAGUUCAUAUAUAAUACCUAUAAAUAAUUUUGCAGUUUUCAUACUUGAUAGCAUUUGAAGGUUUAAAAAUGUACUGUAAAAUAAGCCCACUGGGGCUCCUGGGACGAUGCUGUAUCAGGAAAUAAUUCAAAAAUAAUUUAGGAAAUCCCCACAAUAUUCAUACAUGGCAGCCCGUGCCCAUUGGCUGCAGAAAUAAGGUUUAGGCAGAGAAGAAAUUUGAAUCCACUUGUAUUCUAGUUAGAGACUGCGAUUGUGUAUAUAUAACAUAAUAAAUGCUUGCGUAGUAUGCACAUUUGAAAAAUAAGACAUUAUAUUUAAAAUUUGUAUUUUUUAUCGGUAUUGUAAUGUUAUAAAGUGAAGAAAUGGCUUUGAUCCUGGUGGGAAGAUAUUCCAUUUAUAAUAAUAUACCAGGACACAGCUUAUUGCAUUCAGAUCAUUCAUUCUCUGCACAUUUCCAUUUAAGCUGUAGUUUCCUCUUACAUAAUCGGAAAUACCUUUUAGGGCACAUUUUUAUAUAUUUGCAUUAGUUGAGUGGCUGGUAAAUUAAUUGUGGCUAAGGUAUUUAUAGUAAGCAGUAGAUACUGAUCAGAAAUAACAAGGCUUAUGGCAGAGAGGCAUGUGUUACCAUGUCUAAAGUGAGGUAAAGAGAUACUAACACUAUAUUUAUUUAUUUUUUUGUUUUCCACCCCCAAACAUCCUGGGGAUGGCAGCACAUACAAAGGCCCUAUAUAUAUGUAAGCUAUAUUUUAUUAUGAAUAUACCAGCCACAGUCAGCUAACCCAUUGAUGCAAAACUGAAGAGAAUGCUUUGUUUAAAAAGUUUGCCCAUUUGAGAGAUUUAAAUAUAUAUCAAUAUAUAUAUUGAUAUGGGAUCUGUUAUAUUGAAAACUAUUUGCUGCGAAAUAUGACGUAGCACCCUAUUUAAUUAUUUGUACCUUGAAAAACAACCCUACUGGGCUGUUUAUGUAGAAAUGUGUUUUAAAAGACCUAGGGGGUUAAAGCUCCCAAAAAAAGUAAAAAGAACCCCUAUUGUGAAAACCCCAUAAGAUAAUGGAUCCUGUACCUGUAUAUACAAGUAGGGGAUAUUUUCUAUAAUUCUUUUUAGUUAGAAAAAAAAAAGAAUUGUUUGCAUCUUUCCAAAUUAGAACUGUAACAUAUCACAUCACAGGAAUCAUUGUUACUAUAAAUUAGAAUUGGUGCCCCAUACUAUACAAAAUUAGGCAAUACAGGCACUCGACAGUAAGUAUGAGGCUGUGGAAAAAACUUGAGCAAAAGUGCAGCAGGGGUUUUCAUUAAAGUUCUCUAAUCUCUUUAAUUCACCAAACCAAACUUUCAGUAUUUAAGAACUGAGAUUUAUGUGGAGAAGAAUCUACUUACUGUUUAACACUGCUAAUGGUGGCAAUACCCUUACAGACUGUUCUGUACAGUGUCCGACCAACAGGCCCAUAGAAAUGGUCAAACACCAUAAGAGUGGCCAUCUUUCUAUUAUUCCAUUUGUUUAGGCCAAUAGCACAAAUGUGUUAACUCUUUGAGGGAACAUUUACUAAUCCUCGAAUCCGAAUCCCGAAUGGGGAAAAACGGAUUGGAAACGAAAAUUUUGCGUGGUUUUUUCGUUGCCGUCGUGAAUUGUUUCGUAUUUUGCGCGACUUUUUCGUCACAGUCACAACGUUAUCGUAUUUUGCGCGAUUUUUUCACCGCCAUCGCGUCGUAACGGCAACAAAAAAGUCACGCAAAAUACGAAACAAUCGCGGCGGCGACGAAAAAAUCAUGCAAAAUACCGAUCAUUACGAAAAAAACGCAUCCGGACGCUUUGGACGUUCGUGGAUUAGUAAAUGUGCCCCUUUAUGUACAGAGUGGAAAUGAUACAGAGCAGAUUUCUAUAUGUAUAAAAAAAACUACUAUUUAUAUUUCAGAUAAAAUACAUCUGAAUAUUUAUUAUACCACAGUUAAAUAGAAGGGAAUAAUCAUGUCCCUAUGUAUAAAAUGUUUGUCUGGAUGUGUUAACUAAAUACAUUUUUGUGCCAGUUGAAAUGCAAAUAUCAUGGAACGUAAUUGUUUUAAAGAGCUAAAUAAAAUUAAUAUUAAAGAAGUGUAAGCUCUAGAAAAAAAACACCUAUUUAUUAGGGAUGCACUGAAUCCACUAUUUUGAGAUUCGGCCGAACACCGAAUCCUUUAUAAAAGAUUCAACCGAAUACCAAUUUGCAUAUGCAAAUGAGGCUAAUGAAUGGUCAAAGAGAACCGUGCAUUUUCAAGCUAUUAGAGGAUUGCAAUUGUCAAAUUGCUGCAGUAAAAAAAGCCAGUUAUCCACUCCAAAAUGUAGAUUCCCACUCCCAGUCGAUUUUUGUGUUAUAGCAGUAGAUCUUUUGGUGAGGUUAAAGUUUUUGCUUUUGCACAGUUUUUUUUUUUAAACCAAGAAAAAAAAUCUUGAAAUCUGGGGAAAUGUGAAUUAUGCAGUUUCUUAAACACAAUCACCAUUACUGCACCUACAAAAAUACAUAGACAUAAUAAAUAUGACUUGUGUCGAAGAUGCGUUCUGCCUAAUGGUUUAAUUUAGAAAAAAUCCAUAUCCAUUACCUAUUUUUGUGACAUUCUAAAGCACUAAUUUAAAAGUUGUUUUUUUUUACGGAACAUCCUCCCCCUCCCUUUAAAAACAUGUCAGUUUGAGUUUUAUCUUCCGUUAAACAACCAAACCCCUUUCUUCUCUAAGCAGCAGCCUUUGAGCUGUUCAUUAUCAGGGGGCUUCUAAGUGCUCACUUAAUUAGUUUUAUCAAAUCCUCCAUUGCUGUGCGGGACAGGAAGUACUAAAUAACUGGCUUCAUAUUCGUGUUUAGCACCAGAAAUAACAGACACCAUAGAGAUUCCCUAAUUAAAACAAUAAAGGUGGCCAUACACGCACAGAAAUUAUCAAAUGAAAAUUUGUUCUGUACGAUAAUCGGUGACCAGUAUUGGCAUUGGUUAUUGGUCGUCUUGGCGAUCAGGCGAUUGGAAAUUUUUGAUUGGAUGCAUUUGAAGGCGUCUGAGCACCGGCAAAUGCUUAGUACUGAAUCAUCAGAUAGGGGUAGAAUUCUUUUGUUCCUACCUGCAUAUCUGGAAAUUCAGCUCUGAACAUUAGUGUAGUCUAACCAUUGGUCGCAGGAGAGAUCAUAAUUGUAACAUGUAUGGCCAUUAUGUUCAGCACAAGCUCUAUUAAUUCAGCUUAUGUUGAAAAGGGGUGUGUACUGGACUGUAAUUUAUCAACAUUUUAGUUUUGACCACAGCAAAAAAGAAAAAAAUAAUGAAUUUGAAUUUUCAAAACUCAAAUUUUCAAGAUUUAUCAAAAGUGCAAAAAGACUGAAAAUGAGAGUUAGGCAUCUAAAAGCUGGCAAGUUCGUGUAGAAGUCAACGGGAAUUGUAUUAGCAAAAUGUAAUCUAUUUUUCAAUUUGAGUCUUGAAGAAAAAAAUUGCCAGACUCAUUGAAAAUAAUGGGUAGAAUAUGAUUUCACUGCACUUCAAGUUGAAAUUCAAGAUUUUCAAAAAACUCGUAAAUCUUCCUCCCUGUGUUGUGCUGUUCCUCUCUUCAAAGUUCAGUUAUGGAGCUAUGGGCCAUCCCAUGAAGCCUGCAGAACCAGCGUGCCCAAUUCUCCACAGACAAAAGCUACUAGAAAGCACUAGAGUGAUGUUGGUUCUGGGAGAUUUUUUUUAUCUAAAUGCAGUAUAUAUAAGCCAACCUCUGCAAUAAACUAUAUUGUAAUAACAGAUAAUAAAUGCAUCAUCUUAAAGACCCCUAAAGAAAAUAUGUUGCCCUUUGGAAAUUCUGUGUUUAUCAAAAACGACCACACAAAGUUCUCGACAUGAAAUAUUCAACCCAUUUGCAGCCCAGCAAGAAUGUCUGUGAAGUCAAUGUAACAAGUUUAUUUUUUAAAAAUUCUGUCUGUAUCCUUUGUAUUAAUGUUGAGUAGCUACACUGUUUCACAUGAUUGUUCCAUUUCUAUAUCAAAUGCAUUUUUAGGUUUUAUAAUUUAAAGAAAGUGAUAUUUUCAUAUAGAUAUUGUGCAAUAAUGCUGGAGUAGAAAGUGUGGUUUUGCAAAUGCUUUAUAUUGCAAAAUAAUAUACCUUUGUAAAAUUAAUAUAUUGUAUUUGUUCAAAAUAGUUUUAAAUUAUAUAAAAGUAUUUUGGCAUUGUGCCUA